AUGGAUUUCCUUGAUGAGACCCAGUAUCGCCAAGAGGUCCUGGGUCUCUCCGCUGAAUCCGAAGAAGCGCAGGCGCAACAACUCGCCGUCGAGGCGCAACAACUAGGUCUGAAUAUCUCCGAGGUCGAAGCCACCGCGCCGCUGGCCGCUUCCAUAGCCGGCAAUGUCGACCUCGCAUCGCCAGUCCUCUCUUCAGGCUCCUCCGAUCGAAACUCCGCGGGUGGCUCGGUGACGCCCUCCCAUGAGCCCACCUCACCCUCCGCCCCCACCCUCGAUCCCAUCGUUGCCGGAAUGUCGCAGGUGACGCUGGCCUCGCGACGUCUCCAACCGGGCAGUACGCGAUCGCUGGCCUCCAUGUCGACUCGCCCCACGUCCUUUUGUUCCAGCGAGGGGAGGGUAGCGCUGGCGGGGUAUGGCUAUAAUAAUGAUAUGUUGGACGCCAAGUCCAAGCGCCAUUCCAUGCUCAGUGUCGCUUCAGCGGAUAAGAAAGAAAAGCGGCGGAGUAGCUUUCGAUCCGCUAUUGGGCGAAUUCAUUUUCGCAAAAAGCGCCCCUCAUCUACUCUUCUCCCGUCAGAUGCGACAGUCUCGAGAACCGGCCAAGAGUCGGAUCGGGUCUACUGGGAGUCUCCGCUAGAACGUCAGGUUCCAGAGGAUGCUAUCGCCGAGGACGGUGGGGGUCCGCUUCCCAGGCUGCAAAUUCCACUGUAUAGCAAGGAAUCUUUGCAAAGGAGCUUGGAUGAUCCUGAAUUGAGCAAAAUGAGUGAGCGUCAUCGGUUGGAAAGAGAUCGCCAUGUCGCUUUCCAAGAUGCUGCCCUAGGGAUUCUUCGACGGAGACACGAGACUGCCGUCACCGAACGGCAGUCUGACAAUCAACAACAGCAGGAGCAGAAACGCGAAAAGAACAUCGAUGAUAUAAUCCGCUUGGAGGAGCGGCAGCUAGCGGUGGAAAUCGAACAACAGCGUGAAUUUGACCGCGCCAAGAUCAACUCGAGCACUCGCAUCAAACAUAUGGAGGGGUACUUCCGCAAUGCAAGCCCACCCCCGUCUCCUGCAGGAGGCUCGACCAGAGCCGAACGGUCAUCUGAAUCAUUCUCCGAAUCCGACUCGACGGCACCAGCUCGUGUGUUCACUCGACAGCACAUGGAACAACUGGAGCAGCAGUACCACAGCCACGAGUCCAUGGACAAGCUCCACGACGCUCGCAUCAAGGUUCUGCGCGAUCGCCAAGAACUCAAGCUGCAGGAAGCCAUGGUCCGCACGGAAAAGGAACUGGACGACAUGUGUAAUCGACAUGUCCAGGAGAUUGCUACCUUGAAGACCGAGCAUCAGCAGGAAGAGCUAUCGCUCACGCAGGGUCUGGAGGAAAAGCAGAAAAAGCUGCGCCAACGCUGGUACCUGGAAGAAGCUGUCAUACGUCGGCGUCUUGAACUGCGCUAUGGCACUUUGUACGGUCCUUUGCCUCCUCUCUCAUUCAGUCCACCAGGCACUCCAUCCGUGACAGUGUCCACGCCUCUCAAUUCAUCGAGUACCCCAGAUACCAUCCACCCCGACCAAGAGGCUGUACCGUUCUGA